GCCCCCAGUGUUGAGCCGACAUUUCAACUGUAAACAUUAGCGACCUGGGCGGCUUUAACGUGUCGUGAGGAUGGAAAUAUAAGAUUAACGUCAAGGUGUGAGACCAAACAUUGUUCUUCAGUGCAUGGACGCAAAGCCAAUGCGCAGGGUCACCAGCGCACGCCAAGACGCCACUGGAAUGGACAUCACCAGCCGCUGUACUCUGGGGGACCCCAACAAACUGCCUGAAGGGGUCCCCCAGCCUGCACGCAUGCCCUACGUCUCAGACAAACACCCGCGGCAGACCCUGGAGGUGAUCAACUUGCUGAGGAAACACCGUGAGCUCUGUGACGUGGUGCUGGUGGUGGGGGUCAAGAAGAUUUAUGCCCAUCGUGUUAUCCUCUCUGCCUGCAGCCCCUACUUCAGGGCAAUGUUUACUGGCGAGCUGGCAGAAAGCAGGCAGACUGAGGUGGUUAUCCGUGACAUCGAUGAGAGGGCAAUGGAGCUGCUCAUUGACUUUGCCUACACCUCCCAGGUCACUGUAGAGGAGGGGAAUGUGCAGACACUGCUCCCUGCUGCCUGCCUCCUCCAGCUGGCUGAGAUCCAGGAGGCCUGCUGCGAGUUCCUCAAGAGGCAGCUAGAUCCUUCCAAUUGUUUGGGCAUCAGGGCCUUCGCCGACACACACUCCUGCCGCGAGCUGCUCCGCAUUGCAGACAAGUUCACCCAGCACAAUUUUCAAGAGGUCAUGGAAAGCGAAGAGUUCAUGCUGCUGCCAGCAAACCAGCUGAUUGACAUCAUUUCCAGCGAUGAGCUCAACGUGCGGAGCGAGGAGCAGGUUUUCAAUGCUGUGAUGGCCUGGGUGAAAUACAGCAUCCAGGAACGCAGACCGCAGCUGCCCCAGGUCCUGCAACAUGUCCGUCUGCCGCUGCUCAGUCCCAAGUUUCUGGUGGGCACCGUGGGUUCAGAUCCCCUCAUUAAGAGUGACGAGGAGUGCAGAGACCUGGUUGAUGAAGCUAAAAAUUACCUGCUGCUGCCACAGGAGAGACCACUAAUGCAGGGACCCAGAACACGGCCGAGGAAACCCAUCCGCUGUGGAGAGGUACUUUUUGCAGUUGGUGGCUGGUGCAGCGGAGACGCCAUUUCCAGUGUGGAGCGUUACGAUCCUCAGACCAACGAGUGGCGAAUGGUAGCAUCCAUGAGUAAGCGGAGAUGCGGAGUCGGCGUUAGUGUCCUGGAUGACUUGCUGUAUGCGGUGGGGGGUCACGAUGGCUCGUCGUAUCUCAACUCUGUGGAGAGAUAUGAUCCUAAAACAAACCAGUGGAGCAGUGACGUGGCACCUACAAGUACUUGUCGUACCAGUGUGGGCGUAGCUGUCCUCGGUGGUUAUCUGUACGCUGUAGGUGGACAGGAUGGUGUUUCCUGUCUCAACAUUGUGGAAAGAUAUGAUCCUAAGGAAAACAAAUGGACUCGUGUGGCUUCCAUGAGCACCAGGCGACUGGGUGUAGCUGUGGCUGUGCUGGGGGGAUUUCUUUAUGCCGUGGGAGGGUCGGAUGGAACGUCACCAUUAAAUACAGUGGAGCGUUACAACCCUCAGGAGAACCGCUGGCACACCGUGUCCCCAAUGGGAACCAGGAGGAAGCACCUUGGCUGUGCGGUCUACCAGGACAUGAUUUACUCUGUCGGAGGGAGGGACGACACCACGGAGCUGAGCAGUGCAGAGCGAUACAACCCCAGAACCAACCAGUGGUCUCCUGUGGUGGCCAUGACCUCUAGACGGAGCGGGGUGGGCUUGGCUGUGGUCAACGGUCAGCUAAUGGCAGUGGGAGGUUUUGAUGGGACGACAUAUCUCAAAACUAUAGAAGUCUACGACCCUGACGCCAACACAUGGAGGUUGUACGGCGGAAUGAACUAUCGCCGGCUAGGUGGAGGAGUGGGUGUCAUUAAAAUGACUCAUUGUGAAUCCCACAUAUGGUAACACCACCUCCACUACCAAACCACCUCCACCCCCCCACACUCACAAGCUCACUUCUCAUCAUGUUGCAACAGACGCCUCUUUUUCACCAACCCUCGUGCCUCCAAAAGACAAAAGAGACGCUUUUUAAGUCAUGCGAGGAUGAGAGGAAAACAUGGGGGAAGGAGGAUGGACAAACUUUUGAACUCUUGUUCAGCGCCCACCCCCCCAAACUCUGGUUGUCUUCAGUCACCACGGAGUGCACUAGGAGAGGAAAUCCACUGAGUACCGUUAAGCUCCCUGUUAGGAGAGGAUGCUCCUUCUCCUGUGACCUCCCCAGGUUUUCAUCCUCCCGGCUUCUCUCACCUGGGACAUUUGAAUGGAAUGGAACAAAACUUGAUUGACUUCGCUGCUGGUGGGAGGAUAUUUUACGUUUCUGAGGUUUUCGAAGUUCAAAAGCAUCAUGUCACUGAGCGAGAGCUUUUUUGACUGACUGCCUCCAUCACCUCCCCUGUCUCAACAUGUCCUCCACCAAAUUUUGGCUCGUGACGACUUGAGAUGGAUUAUUUCCUGGAAACAACAUUGCAAACAACACUGCUCUCUUGUUCUGUCUCUACUUGGCUUCGGGCUUUGAAGCGUCCAUCUCAACUGUGGCUGUGAGGUCGCUGGGCCUCAUCUGUAGCAUUGAAUAAUAGAAUCGGUCAGGCAGUUUCACUCUGCAUUUAAACUGUCAUCAAAAUGAUUUAAUCGGUCUUCCCCACCACAGAAGAUUAUUUGCAGGAGAAGGAUCUGUAUAAUGAAGUCACAUUACUCAAACAGUUUCUCCUAUUGUUACUGAAUGGGGCUGCACUUUACUGGAGGCCACUAUGGCCGUUUGUUACCUUGUUUUUUUUACUAAAAAAAUGUCAGUUCAGUAGGACAGAGUGUAGUUAAAGUAACAUAUGGCCUGUUAGUCAACCGGUUCAGUGGCAAGAACUUAGACACUAUCAUCCAGUCAUGUCUCAUGGUUUAUUGUUGGCUCCAGCGCUGAGAAUCCUAAAACCCUCAGUGUACUUCAAACGAACUAGGUCGUCUCACUUUGUCCAAGGCAAUACACUUUAUAACUUUUAAAAUGGCAACUGUUGUCAUAACUCCACCUGGCAGCAUAAUGCAGUGUUUUGUGUGGCUUUACAGUCUCAACAAGGUGAGGUAAAAGUGCAAAUAAGUUUCACCUAUACAUUUUUCAUUGAAGGUGACAUGGUGUUCACACUUGGUUCUCUGCUUUAAAGUUCAAACCCUGCCCAAUUUCACACACACACAUGCUUGUCAGUCGGUCUGUUUUGGAUAAUUGCAAAAGCUCUCCACUGGAUUGUGCUACUGGAAAAAUGAUGGGAGACAAUGUUGGACGACCUGACAAUCACUUAGUUUGAAGCAAACUGAGGCUCUAGCUAUGUCACAGUGUGUUUGAUAUUAUGUUGUCAGGGUAACCUCCGAGGUGAAAAAUAGGGGUUUUAGAAGCUCAAAACACCUGUGAAAUUAAAAAGCUUUGUUAUUGACAAGUCCCAUGAGAAGACCAACACUUAUCAUUCUUUAGUCUAUUUCCAAAUAUUUUAAUUUGUGUGGACAAUAUUAAUUUAAAAUUUUUUACACACACACACUUCUUCUUGGUGGGGACACAGAAACCGCUGGUGUAGACAAAAUAACCAGAUGUAUCCUUUGAAUUUAAAAUGAGAUCUGGGGGAUUUGAAAAUGGAUUAUAACAGAAACACACUGUUUUAAAAUACUGGCUAACUUUCCAUAGAAAAAUAGUUAUUGGUGAUCAAAUCACUUAGCUGUUGAUACGUUUGUAUCUGGAGUCAGUGAUCUACUGAGAUGAAGAUGGUGUCUAAGUUUAAAAUAGGGGGGGGAGCUGCUGAAGCGCACGAUGCAAGAAAGAAAGUUGAGUAUCUUGUUAAAAAUGUUAUGAACCUGUAAAUAUUUAUGUCACAAGUGAAGCAGUUUUUCAGCCAUUGAAGAUGCUGAAGAUAAACGGUGACAGAAUCACCUUCUGAUGCUCAGAGGUUCAGCUUAGAAAAGUUACUAGAAACAGUUGGACUCAAGUCAUUUAUUAAUACAUUGGAUAAGGCAGAAUUAUAUAGUCGAACAGUGUUUCAUAAUUCUGUAGUUUUGUAAGAUACGAAAUGUGAGGAUUUAAGUUUUCUUAUGAAGUUCCAUAGUGGCCUUGGUAACAAAGAAAAGGGAAGUGUUGGAAUCAGACCGUUAAAUUAAAUCCGGUUCACGUGAUUGGUUUAAUGCUACAUGCAUCAAAAUCUGACUCGUGUCCUGCAACAAACAGGAAAAAAAUUAUAUCAGCCAAUGAUCAAUCUAGCAGAUGACAUUCAUCCCUGUUUCUUUAAUAGACUAGUAUUAGUAUAACUCUUAACAGUUUAUGCAUCAGCGAUAUUAUUUCUUUUAGCUCACACAACCCUGGGGCUUUGAGACACGUCGCUUUUGUUUUACAUUCAGUCUCAUAUUUUACUUUUAUGUCGUCAUAAGCAGCACGGUGCAUUUCGCCACCUGCUGUAGGAUAAUUUAAACACAGCAUUAAUAUGAAUGACUGAGCGAUUCUUUGCAGUUUUUCUAGUGGUCCCUAGUUGUAUAACUGAGGCCAGAUCAAUGUGAAACGCGGUUUGGGUAAAUGGUAGAUUGGAUUUGGUUAAUCUCAUAAUUUAUUGCACUGUGAUUGAAAAUGUAUUAUAGUUUUUAUCUUUUUUUCAUAGUAUAAGGGUGUUCAACUUUUCAGACGUGAGGGGGGGAAAAGUCUAAAGUGAUAAUAUAACUUAGGGAUUUGACAUUUCAGGCCUGUAGCUGAUGUGAAUUUAUUUCAUAGAUGCAACCCUACAUGUGGUUAUCAUAGCUCUGCACUUUAAAGUGUGUGUUUGUGGAACUAGUGCAUUCGUGCAGGUGGCGGUUAACUGGUUAAUUCUGGUGUUAAUGUUCAGCAACGUGGCAAAUGUAGAUUUAGUUGGGUUUAAUCAUAAGAUCACUGUUCUGCUGCUGAUGUAUUUGUUGUAUGCAAACCUACACAUUGAACUUAUUUAUGCUUUGGGAUGAGUUGCAGUCACAUGUCAACGUCGACUUGACAUAAUGUGGAAUCUGAUUGUGAUGAAUGUGCAGCAACCAUCAGAUCGAGGAUAAUCAUCCCUUAUUGAACAGAAUUUUAUGCAGUCUGACCAACUGGGAUGCUUAUUCUUGAAAACUCUCCCAAGUAUAUUUCUCUCCUUAUCACUGCCACAGAAUCACAAUGAAAUUACACUCAGUGUUAUUGCUUCACGUGUUAUUGGUUUGUUCCCACCCUGGUUAGUGUGCAGUAAAUGGUGCUGAAGAAGAAAACCUUGUUUUCAGCUUUGUGACUGGAUCUUUCAGAGAAUACUAGUUAUCUACAAAUUUUCAUAACUUGACUGUCUUCAAUUCUGGUCUAAAUUUCCUUACAACAUCUGUGGUGAUGCAUUUUUCAGUUUAUAAUGAUUGAUUCAGCUGCAGCAGAACAAAGCAGCACGACUGUACUGUAUUGAGUGAUUUUUCCCUCUAUUCACGUGAGCCACUAAUGCUGCAUUGUGUCUGCGAUAGACGGAAAUUCAGUAGCCUAUAAUAUUUAAAUCUGUUGUUUUGAGUAGCCUCUGUGCAGAGAGUCCAACACGUGACUAAAAACAUGAAUGUGAUAGUUCUCAUGAAGCAAGCAGUCAUCUCUCUACAGUGAUCACGACAUCAGCUCUGGACCAUGUUCACGAUGACGAGAAUAAACUUUUUCCCUGCAAAA